AUGGCAGGAUUUCUGGAGUCUGUGGAUAAUGUCAGUACUGGCACUGUAGAUGGACACAUCAAUGUUGAGCGCACUUCUAUCUUCACCGAUGAAACGUACUUGUAUGCAAUGUCAAUUAGCCUGGGUAUUGUUUGCCAGACUGUGACAAUUUUUGGAAUAAUAAGCAACGUUCUCAACUGUAUAGUCUUCGUCAGACAAGGUUUCUCAGACUGUAUAAACAUUAGCUUGUUAUCUCUAGCAAUUUCUGAUCUGUGCUCAUUGUUAACUGUGAUGUGGAGUAAUCUUUGUUUUACUCCGGCUUUCCAGUCGUCAGGUAUUCCACUAGCCACACACGAAGUUCAUUUAAUAACAGGAAGCUGGCCACAUGUAAUGUUUACCAGGGUAACAGGAUGGAUAACUGCUUUCAUCAGCCUAGAGAGGUGUUUCUGUGUUAUUAUGCCCUUGAAAGUCAGAAGUAUAUUCACUCAUGGAACACACAUUAUAGCUGUGAUAGUUUUCUUCGCGGUGACUUUUCUUUGUGCCUCAAUGGCCUAUUAUUCUGUUGGGAUCGGAUGGCGUUUCUUUCCCGAAAGAAACAGAACCAUGUUAGGGCUGAUCUUUCUCCAGGAUGCGAAGAAAAGAAAGAAAGCAGAUUCAAUAUCUUAUGUAAUCAACGGGGUCGUAAUGCCAGUAUCUUGUUUCAUUGCAGUUGUCGUUUUCACAACUAUUCUUAUUGUGAAGUUAAACCAAACAGCCAAUUGGAGACAAUCAAACGCAUAUGCCUCUAAUGACACAAAAGAUAAAACAAAGACAACAUCAAAUACCAAGGAAAGGAAAGUAGCGAAGAUGGUGGUGUUAAUAUCCGUUACGUUCAUCACUUCGUUUCUUCCCGCUGUUGGGGCAUUUAUGGCUAAAUACAUAGAGCCAGAAUUAACAUAUGAUGGACUAUAUAGAAGAUUGGCUAUGGUGAUAUUGUCUGGGUCGUUUACAGCAGAGGCAUUGAACUCAAGUAUUAAUAUAUUUUUGUACUUUAAGAUGAGUUCUAAAUUUAGGCAGACUUUUAUGAUUACUUUUAAAUUAAACAGGUUUGUGAAGUGA